CCAGUAUCAGAUGGAGAUGAUGCGAUCUCUUCGUCAUGUCAACAUUGACCAUCUCCAUGUGGGCUGGUACCAGUCAACCUAUUAUGGAUCAUUUGUCAGCCGGGCCCUGCUGGACUCUCAGUUCAGUUACCAGCACGCCAUCGAGGAGUCUGUCGUUCUCAUCUACGAUCCCAUUAAGACCGCCCAGGGCUCCCUGUCCCUGAAGGCUUACAGGUUAACACCCAAACUGAUGGAGAUUUGCAAGGAGAAGGACUUCUCAGCCGAGGGAUUGAAGAAGGCCAUGAUUGGUUUUGAGCACAUGUUCGAGGAGGUUCCCAUCGUGAUCAAGAACUCCCACCUGAUCAACGUUCUGAUGUGGGAACUGGAGGAGAAGUGUACUGUGGCCGACAAGCACGAACUGCUCAACCUCUCCAGCAGUAACCACCUGGAGAAGUCUCUGCAGCUCCUGAUGGACAGAGUGGAUGAUAUGAGUCAGGACAUUGUCAAGUAUAACACCUACAGCCGUAACCUCAGCAAGCAACACAGCAGAAACACCAGGUAA